GUGGGGCUGCAGCUGUUGAUAAAUCAUUUCCGUACUGACGUCACAAAGCUGCGAGUGUCUGUUAGACGCCAUUCAAGACAUCAACAGACUUGUUAUUUUGGUUAUGACGAGUGUCUGUCUCCUCCCUCCCAACAUGGCUGCCAUCAGGAGAGGGGUGACUCCGAGCUGCUUAGCAAGAUGUUUUCUGAGACAGACUGGAAAACCGAGCCGAGGCAGCUCUGCUCUUCCAAACAUUGAGAACCAACUGUUGCUCCAGAGCUCCAGCCUGCACACACUGUUUGGCUGCGGCGGUCCUUUCAGCAGGUCUCAGAUCAGCCGCAGGCACCGUGGAAAGUUCCUCUGGGUCAGCUCUGUGGCCGUUAGACACAACAGCUCACAGAUCCCACCUGGUGAUGGAUCGAUACCUCCUCCUGUCCUGGAGUCCUCCGCAGCAUCUCUGCCUGCGGACUCGGUCCCCGUCCUCACACACACAGCCUUCCAACAGAUCCCAGCUGAAAGCGUUUCAGUGGCAGCCUCGGUAGCGGACAGUUCUGCCUCUCUUUUGACCCCUGACCCCUCCUCGCCUGUUCUAACGCAGUCGGUCAUGGAGCAGGUGGCUGAUGUUGCUCCUGUUGCAGCAGACAUCCUACAGGCUGUGGCUGCAGAGCCCAGGCUGGCAGAACUGGGACUGGCCGGCUACACUCCAGUGGGUCUGAUCCAGAGCCUGUUAGAGUUCUUCCACAUGGAUCUGGGCCUGCCCUGGUGGGGAGCUAUAGUCGUAGGAACGGUUCUGGCCCGUUUGGCUGUGUUUCCCGUCAUAGUGAAGGGUCAGAGAGAGGCGGCUAAACUGAACAACGUCCUGCCUGAGAUGACCAAACUAACCAACAGAAUGAACGAGGCCAAGCAGAGCGGAAAUAAAUAUGAAUUUGCCAAAGCGUACUCUGAUCUGAACCUGUUCCAGAAGAAAAAUGACGUGAAUCCUCUACGAGGCUUCCUGGUUCCUUUGGUCCAGGCACCAGUCUUCAUCUCGUUCUUCAUCGCUCUGAGGAAGAUGGCGUAUUUGCCCGUGCCCAGCUUACAGACGGGAGGUGCGCUCUGGUUCACCGACCUGAGUGCAGCAGAUCCUUUUUAUAUCCUUCCGUUAGUUGUCACUGGGACCAUGUUCUUCAUCCUGGAGCUUGGUGCCGAGUCCGGUUUCGACAACCCAAAUCUGCGAGCCAUGAAGACAGUUUUCAGAAUCAUGCCUUUAAUCAUCCUCCCUCUCACCAUCAAUUUCCCCACGGCGGUGUUUACCUACUGGCUGACCUCCAACUGCUUCUCCUUGGGUCAAGUGGCUCUGCUCAGGCAUCCUGCAGUCAGACGGAGGUUUAUGAUCCCGGAGAGGAUCAAACACCCGGCCUCAGCGAUGCCUCAGAGCGAUGGACUUAUUGAGAGUAUGAAGAAAGGAUGGAAGAACGCUCAGCUAGCUCACCAGCUGGAAGAGAGGGAGAGAAGAAUAAAGAAUCACCUGGACAUCGCUGCUAAAGGUCCACUGAGGCAGACGUUUACCCACAAUCCUCUGCAGCAGACGCCUGGGAGUGCCGCAGCAUCAGCUAAACAAAAGGAAGCUGGAGUCAAAGCGAAGCCGUGGAAGAACACGAUUGGAUGAAUCCAGUGGGCUUUUAGCUCCUCCGUGUAGAGAGUUAUGUACAUAUUUAUAGACAGGAGCGGGAAUGUUGGAAUGUGUUGUGUUUAUGUAUUCUGAACAGAUAUAAACUCUGCUUUAAAACAUCA